AUGGCUGUGGAAGGACCACUGGUUGGAGAUCCCCCAAAGGGGCCAACCAUACCUGCGCCUCCCAGCCCGGUGGACCGCGGAACAUCAACGGCGACAAUAACACUGCCGCCACCACCAGUCCCGGUCACUACAACCGCCACUAUCAGUCCAACGACGAUAGUGACGCCCACAACGCAGACUCAUCCGUCUACGUUAAGUGGGCUAGGCUUCGAUCCAAGUCAGGCGAUACCCAGCCACAGCUACUUUGGAUCAAAGCCAUCGUAUCCGUCCUUGUACCCAACGAUAUUCCCGAACAUGGACUUCAACUUUAGUCCACAUCCGGCCACAAGCCAGGCUCAGACCAGCGGCGCUGAUCCAAACCGGACCAACCCGCUGAGCCCAAUGUUCGGGCCAUCGGCCAUGCAAGGACAGAUGGGAGGCCAAAGUGGUACACCAACGGUGCAACAACCACUAGUAGGCCAACUAUUUGGCCCUCCUAUCACGGCGGCAGCCCCAACGGGCCAAGCUCAGCCACAGAUGGGCCAAACGACGCCCACGGGCCAAAAUGUGCCCCAACCACCAGGCAUACCGCCAACAGCGGCCAUGCCACCAGGACCAGCGGCUCAACCAGGUCAAGGCCAAAAUGCGCCCAUGUUGGUCCAGCUCCCGAAUGGAGCAUACGCAUGGAUGGCGUCCAACGGGGCUAUCCAGAUCGUACCGGGCCAACCAGUGUGGGCCCAACCUCAGCAAGUGCCGCUAAUACCACAGCAGCCAACACCGGCCCCAUCACCACCGUAUUACGACGCCAUGCUGACUCUCCAGACGCGCGCUGGCUUGGACGACACCAUGACACUUCACUUCUUGAGAGAGAAUGUGAAUGAGCCAGAACUGCGCCGCGCUCUGGACAUCCGGAUACUAAAGUCACCAGCAGAAUUCCGGGGCUAUGUCCGGCAGUACACAAUGGGAAAACCGGAGUACGAAGGGAAGGUCCGAAACCAGGGCAACUAUGGCUACAGCCAGGGCAACAGCGGCGGAGGACCAAAGGGCAAGUUCUCCAAAGGCCAAAAUGCCAGCUUUAGCGGAAACCAAAGCGGCAACAGCCCUGGAGGACAAAACCGAAGCCCGGGAGGCCAGAGUGGCCAACGCCAGACUCUGAGCCCCGAAGAGGCCCGCAGACAAGAGGACAUGUACAUCGACCGAGUCGAGCGCAUGUUCGAGCGAUGGGCCAAAGAUGGGAUUAUCACUUGCAACCACUGCCUGUGA